AAUCAACCCAGAUGACGAUGCUGAAUCCUGCCAUGGCAUCGCUAUCGACUUUCCUUGGCCGCCCCAACAGCCGCGCUUUCGAAGCGCGGCCGCUGAUUGGCAGAGCGCCGGCGCCGUGGAUCCUGCGGGCGCGGAGGGACGAGGCCCCGUCCCUCCUGUGCCGUGCAGCAGCGGCAGCGGCCACCGUCGCAGCCGUGGCGACGGCCAAGACGUCGAGGACGUCGAAGCUGGGGUGGAAGAAGAAGAAGGCCGACCCUUGGGAGCGUAAGAAACAGUUCGACAAGGAGAAUGCCCAGUGGCCCACCAAAGAGAGUCUUCUGGACUUCUUGAAUUCAAAGAAGGCGGCCGCCCAUCCGGGGCAGUGGGCCCGCGCGGUGCGGCACUGCGGACGUCGGGGCUGGUGGGAGGUGUUGCAUGAAGCUCCCCAAGCACGGCCCAGCACUUGCUUCCAGGUCAGCACCGUGGCUACUGCUCUGGUUGACUGCAUCGGGAAAGCCCCCAAGGUGCUGCAGGCUGAACGCAAGGACAAGGCCCUGACCUUGCUGGGCGCUCUUUGGAGGGACAUGGAGCUGGAGAAGGCCACCAAUGAGGAUCAGCUCUAUGCGUUGUCGUCCUCGUUGAACCUCUGUGUCUUGCUGGGCACGGAUCGUGCGCUGGCCUGGGCGGAUCAGCUCUGGGAGUGGUCUGAGGAGGAGACCGACACGUCCAAAAACGAGGUGGUUUGGAGCACGUAUCUCCAACUUCAGGAAACACAAGGCCGUUUCGACACGGUGAACGAUGUCUUGAUGCGCGUUUUUGUGGAGAGAAAGAUCAAAGCCAAUUCCCAGAUGUUAACGGCCUUGUUGGAGCUUGCAGCGCAGCGUCGGGACUGGAAACGCGCGGAGGACUUGUGGCAUAUUCUCGUUGAUAGCCUCCACGUGGAGCCAAAUCUGCUGGCGCGCGGGGCUUUCGCGAAGGCAUACUUCAUGGCAGGGCGCCUCACUUCAGCGGAGGAGCUUCUAGCCGGCGAGGCCGAUAAAAUGUCCUACAGGCUUGGCAACGAUUACCUGCAGAUUUUGCUGAUCUUGUGCCACAGCUCUCCUACGAAGUCCAACCUGGAGAAACUCAAGGAGUUUGUCGAAAGAAAUCGCACAGUGAAAAGAUAUGGCGGGGCCGAGGGGGAGUGGCGCCGGAUGACCGACCUGGUUUUGCGUCUCACCAAGGAGGUGGGAGCACCUCUACGUCUUCGUGAGGUGCUGGUGACGAGGAAGGCGCGCUGCAGCGCCAUGAUGCGCUGGACGGAUCAGCCAAUGGGCGCGUGCUAUGCGAAGUAAAA